CAAGAUCCAACAUUUUAGUUCCCCAAGAACAGCGGCCUCGGGAAACACUCCGACUUCAGUGAAGACAAUCUCGAAGCAGAAAUGGAGAAGCUACGAGCACACAUUGUUCUCUUUGUGUUGCUGGUAUCCUUUGCCCUAGUGUACUCGAUGCCCUAUCCUGGGGGUGGCCACCACGAACACACACACUUCGUCAUCCACGUACCUGAACUCAUUCACAAACAUCAUCACACGCAUGUGAAGAAGAUACACAUAAAAUCUCACGACGAAGAGGGUGAUGAUGGACAUGAACACAUAGAGGAAUGGUGAAACACUGUUAAUUGUUAAUUUUGUUCUUGUUAUUGUUGUAUUUAAUUGUUGAUCACUGUUGCCAAAUAUUAUGUGAAAUAAAAUAAUAUUAAAAA